ACAGAUGCAGAGAAGUAUGGCAUUCAAGGCUGGAAACAACUUCAAGGAGUGUGACCUCUGGCAGCAAAGAAGAGAGCCUGCUAUUGGCUUGAGAGUACUAGUCCUGGCAGUUGAGAGUUGAACUGUGGAGAAGAGGAUGUAUUGGGAGCCCAGGUGCCCAUCAGAGACAAUGCAGCCAUGUGGUAGAAGCACAACAGAGGCCUUGAACUGCCUGAAGUAUGAGUUGCUAUCUGUGUGCAUGUCCCUAUUUCUGCAUCCCAAGUUUGUUCCCACUCUUCUGUGUCUAUUUGUGGAAGAGUGCAUCUAGGUUUGUGGGGGGAAUGUUUUGUAGCUUGUUUUUACCAUCCCGUCUUAGUAAAUGUUGUUGCUCUAUGCCAAUUGUUUCUACUGGCUAACUGUUACAGGCAAGUUCACUGUUGGGUGCUUGUGAAGUAUCGUUUCAGAGUGCAGAGCCACCAGGCACCCUAGGACCCAAGAGUAACAGUCACCCGCUGGCGACCCAACCCUGCAAUUCAAGUACAAGUUGGACGAUUCUCCGAGAAGGGGCACUACACAGAGAUUGUUUACAUAUUAUUUUGUUUGAUCCUCACAACAACCCUAUGAGGUAGGCAGGGACCACUGGGAAUUGUUGUUUUAGAAAAAGCCACUGUUUGAACAGGUUAGUUAGGAGACUACGGCAAUAGUCCAGGCACGAGAUGAUAAGGAGUCAGAUCAGGUGGAAGAGGAAAGGGAUAUUUUGAAGGAAGAAUGGCAGGCAGGGUGUGUUGAGAGUUUGAUCCUUAAGGGAAGAAUCAGAGAUAGAAUCAGAAAACAGGGAGCUAAAGCCUUUCUUUAGCAAUGUUCCCUUUCUUAAAUUCCUAUAACAUUUAUAUUCCAAACCACACUACCAUAAAUCCCUGGUUAUCUAGAACCAUAAAAGAAUACAUUUUUCUGAACAUCCUUGUCUCCAUAGCGCAAUUUUUCAAAUUAUAAAAUGUCAUCCCUUUAAACCUCGAAACUUAUAAAAUUGACUUAAGGUACUGGGAAGGAUGGGGAUGGGGGAAAAGAGGACAUGAACAUGCAUGACAACUGUCUCCAAGUUACCUGAAUAAAAUACCUGCAUAAAAUACAAACUGUGGAGGGCCUAGAGGGCCUGGUUUUUUGGCCCUCUAAGUGUGGCUCCCAUCUUAUUUCAACAUUAGUCCCCUUCUAGACUCUCCAUUCCGAACAAACUGGAUUACCAGCUGUUUCCCAAACCUGAUACAUCUGCCUCCUUCACACACAGCUACAAACACACUCCUUCCUCACCCCUGCCUUUAGUUUUUUAUCUUCCCUUCUUAGACUCAGCUCGGGUGAGGCUGUCACUGGAACCUUCCCUGACGCCCAGCGUUCUGAAGGCAGUCUGAUCUCUCCUCUGCGCUCAUCACUCCUAAUGCUAUACUUACCCGCAUACCUGUCAACUCCCACCCCCAGCAGAAUGUAAUCUCGAGGGCAGGGAGAGCAUCUUUUUUUUUUUAAUCCUAUUAUGCCCGAUGCAGUCCAGUGCCUUGGACAAUGUGUAGGCACAUUGAACAAAUGGGUCUCAAGGGCUUGGAGAGACUCAGUUUUGUGAAUAUUGUUUCUCAGUAUAUGCUGACAUCUGCUGACCAUCUGUGGUCUUACACCCAUGGCUUGGGUAGCUGCCCUACUUCUUCACUCCCACAGAUGAGGUAAAAAACAAGAAGGAAACAUGUUCCUCUAACGAUCAGGGGGCUAGAAGCCUAUCCCUGUCCCAUGUCCCUUCCUCUCAGCAGGCAGCACAUUAGGAGAGGGAACAGAGCUGGGUUAGAUACUGCUAGGUUCCAGUCCCCAGACUCCUCUCCAAUGAGUCCCAAGAACCUGGUUUCUUCCCUUAAAGCAUCCUGAGAGUUAUACCCCACCUGUUUUAUUAAUCUUCCCUAUAAUGUUCACUAUGCCUCUGCUUGGAUACCUCUAGCCCUCCAGUGACGAGGAGCCCACUAUCUCAUAAGGCAGAGAACACCAGAAACAAAGAGAUGAGGGGCCUUGGGGAAAGUGGGUGAGAGAGACAGACAGAAACAUACCAAGAGAAUCAGGAUACGUCAAAAAUAGGGAUCAAGGGUUUGGGGUUUUUUCUACCCAAAGAGGCCCACUGACUUUCUUCCUUUAUCAUUGGUAGGAAACCCUUCUCCUUGCAGUCCUAGACCUCACUGUGUCUGCACAAGCUAGUGGGUGGGGGAAGAGAAGAGGAAAGAGGGAAGGAGGGUGGGGCAGGGGGCGGUGCUAGGCCAGAGACUCUUGAAAGUUUCUUCAUCCUCUGUCAGUUCUCCGGGUACAUCCAAAGCAAGACUGGCCUCAAAGGGAUCAUGGAGCCCUUCAGUUCAAAAAACCUCGCCCUGCAGGCAGAGAAGAAGCUCCUGAGCAAGCUGGCCGGGCGGUCAGUGGCGCACCUCUUCAUCGAUGACACCACCAGUGAAGUGCUGGAUGAACUUUACAGGGUGUCCAAAGAGUACACCCACAACCGGGGCGAGGCCCAGCGGGUCAUCAAGGACUUGGUCAAGGUGGCCAUUAAGGUGGCGGUGUUGCAUCGAAACGAGCAGUUUGGCCCUGGGGAGAUGGCCCUGGCUGACCGCUUCCGCCAGAAGUUGCGCCAAGGCGCCAUGACUGCCCUCAGCUUCGGUGAAGUGGACUUCACCUUUGAAGCUGCUGUGCUGACGGCCCUGCUGACGGAGUGCCGAGACACCUUGCUAGAGCUGGUGAAGCACCACCUCACACCCAAGUCUCACAGCCGAAUUCGCCACGUCUUCGAUCACUUCUCAGACCCCAGCCUGCUCACUGCCCUCUACAGUCCUGGCUACGCGCAGCACCUCAGCAAGCUCUGUGAUGGGCUCAGGAAGCUACUGGAUGAGGGAAAGCUUUGAGGCCUGGUGUCCUGGCUCCAUCUAUCUCAACAAGGUAGUGGACUCCCAGCAGGCCGCAGCUCUCUGGCCCUUCUUGCCCACUUUAACGCCCUCCAGCCCCCUGGCUUGGGUCUUCUUAGAGUGUGGUUGGCUCUGGGCACCUCUCACCCUCGGGUGGGAGACAUGGGGGGUUCACAAGCCCUUCCCUCCCCUGUGCCUCUGGUCACCAGGACAGGAAAUGAAGCUGCCUGAAAAAGAUGAAGUGAAAGUCGGAUCCUUCUACUUCCCUCUAAUCUGGACACAUGAUACAGGGAAAUCCCUUCCAGGAAGGAGGACAGCACCCCAAGCUGCUGACUAGGGGCGGGAGGGCAGAGGAGGGGUGUCAAACUCAAAGCCAGCCCAGGGGCUGGGCCUGGGGCCAGUCUGGGUGGAUGAUGGAAGCCUUGCCCCCAGAGAGGGUCAGGGCAGGGGAAGACACUCAGAAGGGAAAUAAACCUGCUAAACCAUG